UUUUUAUUUAACCUGCAAAAACCAAUUGGCCUCUCUCACACGCCCAUCUUCGCCAUGUCUGCAAGAGCAACUUCUUACAGCUUACCAAGUUUUCUUCAACUUAUGCAUAGAUACAGAGCUUUUUGCUCUAGAAAUUGUGCUCUUGGAUAUGUUGAAGAUAAGAAGAUUUGUUCAAAUGGGUAUCAUGCAAUGCAUCACAGAGGAUUGCAGAUGAUGAUCUCUCCUGCUUCUGGUGGUGGAACAAGAAGAAAUCUUCAUACCCACAUGGUGAAGGUAAAGGAUGAUAUGGUUAGCCCACCACCAGUACCGCCAGUACCCAAUCAUCGGAGGAUUAACUUCGUUAAAUGGGCAAAAUGGGUGUUGGGCUCUUUAUUAUCAUUCAUACUACCAUUCUGGAAGCCAAAAUGGGAGAAACUGAAGAUUAUACAAGAAGAGGUAGAAAUCAUUGAGGAAGAGAUUGAAACUGCAGCAACUGUAGUACAAAAGGUUGCAACAAUGGCAGAAAACGUAUCAGCUGAGAUGGCAGAAAAACUUCCUGAAAAUGGAAAACUAAAAGAAACUGCCAUGUUAAUAGAGAAGGUUUCAAAAGCAACAGCUGAUGAUGCUCAGCUAACCAGAGAUUUCAUUCACAAGGUGGAUGAGUUGAAGCAUGACAUUGAAGACUUGGAAACAAUGGUUGAACCUGUAAUUGAAAAACUUCUGCAACAAAAAUCAGAAGGGAAGUAAAUUAAAAUUUAGAAAAUUUACUUUUGAGUGUACAUGCAAAAUACAUCAUAUGAUCUUGAUUAUUUGUAUAUUAUAUGAAAUAAUUUGAACAAUGUACACCAGAUGUUUGUUUUAAUGCCAAUUGACAUAAAUAUAUAUAUAUGUGUGUAUUAUUGGUUA